AUGCCUCGUCAUACAAGAAGAUCGCAUCUGCACGAGAACGAGGAAGAUACAGGGAACGAGAUAUAUGAUGAAAAUGGAAUUAAGCACACGACUCCUCGGUCUUUGAAGAAGAUUAACUAUGCGGAAGUUGAGAACAGUUAUGAUUAUAUGGAAGAGUACGAUGAAGAUAGUGAAAGAAGACCGGAGCAGCCGGCAUCUUUAGAAAACAAUGGGCGUAAGAGGAUGGCAGGGACAGCGGGUUCUCAUGAGCAUCAGCAACAACAGCAUUCGCCGCCGCAACAGCAGCAACAUUUGCAAGGCCAGCCGCAGCAGCAGGAGCGAGGGCCAGGUGACGAGAAUGAAGAGGAAGAUUCUGUUGCUACGCAAAGGACAAGGCGCAGUGGGAAGAAACGAGCUUACUUUGAAGGGGAUGAGGAUGAAAGUUUCCAUGAGGAUGAAGAUGACGAUGAUGCUGAAGAUCCGUUAGAUUACGAUGAUGAUGACGACGAAUUUUUCGAUGAAAAGGAAGAGAAAAGCUGGCAGAGGAGGCGUGAGAAUCAAUUUGUAGUUAAAGAUGAGGAGGAUGAUGACGAUGAUGAAGACAACGAUGGCGGCGGUGACGAUGACGACGACGACGACGACGACGAUGAUGAUGAUGAAUAUGGGAGGCCCAAGAAGCGAAGCAGGCGCCGGAGAGGCAGGCCAAGGUUAACUGAAGAGACGCAUUCACCUCCUCGAAAGCUCAGGACGCGUCGAACCAGAUCUUCUGGGUAUUGUUAUGAUGGUGAUGGCAGUCGUCCACGCGAGGCGCUGUCUCUUGCUGACGAGAUCAGAGAGUUGCAAGAGGACUCACCAAUAAGGGAAAAGAGAUCCCUGAGGGAGAGAACAAAACCAGUAAACUAUACCAUUCCGCCUCCAUUGACUGAUAACCAGAUUAAUACUCUGGACGCAACGAACGGGCCUUCUUAUCACGUUUUCCAAUCUCCGCGCGGAAAACGUGGGCUACAUUCAGGACAGAGUUUCGGUCCCAUUAGAAGAUUGUUCCCCACUGGGGGGCCCUUUGGUGGGAACGAUGUUACAGCUAUAUUUGGACGGAACAACAACUUUUACGCACCCAACCAAGAUCCCGUAGCAGGCAAUAACAAAUUCAUCGAUUCAGACUCAUCUGACGACGAGAUUUUGCCCCUUGGCGCGACACCGAAGCUAAAAACUCCAGACGCUAAAAAAAAGAAGAAGCCGGAAAUCGCUGAUCUUGAUCCUUUAGGUGUUGAUAUGAACAUCAAUUUUGAUGAUAUUGGUGGGCUAGACAAUUACAUAGAUCAGUUGAAAGAAAUGGUUGCGUUGCCGUUACUCUAUCCGGAAUUGUAUCAAAAUUUCAACAUCACUCCUCCUCGUGGUGUUCUCUUCCAUGGACCGCCGGGAACGGGUAAGACGUUGAUGGCCAGGGCAUUAGCGGUAAGUUGCUCUACGGAUAAGCGUAAGAUUACCUUUUUCAUGCGCAAAGGUGCUGACAUUUUAUCUAAGUGGGUUGGUGAAGCGGAAAGACAGCUACGUUUAUUAUUCGAAGAAGCUAAGAAACAUCAACCAUCUAUUAUUUUCUUUGACGAAAUCGAUGGUCUCGCUCCAGUUAGAAGUUCAAAACAGGAACAGAUACAUGCUAGUAUUGUUUCCACAAUGUUAGCGUUGAUGGAUGGUAUGGAUAAUAGGGGCCAGGUCAUUGUUAUCGGUGCUACAAACAGACCGGAUGCAGUGGACCCAGCUCUAAGAAGGCCAGGUAGAUUUGAUAGAGAGUUUUACUUCCCUUUACCAGAUACAUCCGCUAGAGCAAAAAUAUUGGAAAUCCACACAAAAAAAUGGAAUCCUCCGCUUCCAAAGGAGUUCAUUGAAAAACUAGCUUCAUUAACUAAGGGCUAUGGUGGUGCUGAUUUAAGAGCAUUAUGUACUGAGGCAGCAUUGGUCAGCAUCCAACGGAAAUUCCCACAGAUUUAUCAAAGUGAGUCGAAACUUGUUAUUAAUCCUAAAGAUGUGAAAGUAAAGACAAAAGAUUUCAUGGCAGCUAUGGAUAAGAUUACACCAUCGUCUACUAGAUCAAGCAGUAGUGUGGCUGAACCCUUACCUCAAACUGUGGAUAUUUUAUUAAAGGAUCAAUUUGAGGAUGUUAAAAAAAAGAUAGAUACGCUGCUUCCUCGAGACAGUUGCAACAACUUUCGCAGAGAUACUUCGAUGAUUAAAUAUUAUAUGGAGUAUGAGGAUGAAGAUGAAGAUGAGGACAGUGAUGCAGAAGCUGUUCUUACCGGCUUUGGAAAGCAGGAGUUUUUAAAAAGGAUCGAAAAGGCAAGAGUUGUUAAACCUAAGCUCCUAAUAACAGGCCCUGCAGGUAAUGGUCAGCAAUAUAUCGGUUCAGCUGCACUACACUAUCUGGAAGGCUAUAAUAUACAGACUCUAGAUUUAGGCAGCUUAUCUUCUGAGAGCUUGAGAACCACUGAAUCGGCAAUUGUUCAAACGUUUAUCGAAGCAAAAAAGCGUCAACCAUCAGUAUUAUACAUCCCCACAAUCGACAUUUGGUCCAAAACUGUACCCGAAACAGCCAUAAUGACAUUGGCAAGCUUAUUUAGAUCCUUGCAUGCUUCUGACAAAGUAUUCUUAUUCGCAAUAGCGGAUAAUUUAACCGAGGAAGAACUACAGCAGUCACCAUUAUCUUACCUCGGCUUUGACGUUAACGUGACUUCAAUCAAAGAGCCAUCUCCAAAUCAAAGACAUUUAUACUUUAAAACCCUUGGAGAUUUGUUGAUGAUGAAGCCGACUAACUUUCGUGAGAAUAGGAAAAGGAGGAAACCUCUGCCAAAGUUGGCUGAGGCUAAUGUGUUAGCUGAAGAUGAGGUCAAACCCGACGGUACCCCACUUUCGGAAGAUGAGAAGUUGAGAAAGAAGUUGAAAUCUUUUCAACACCAAGAUAUGAAACUGAAGAACACUCUAAAAAUAAAGUUGUCUGGUUUGAUGGAUCUUUUUAAGAAUCGAUACAAACGGUUUAGAAAACCGCCUAUCGACGACUCAUAUCUAAUCCACUUGUUUGAACCUGAGGUGUUUGCUGCUAAUCCUGAGUGGCAACCUUCAUAUGUCAGAGAUAAAGAAAUGAUUUUGGAAGUCUCAACUGGUAGAAAAUAUUUUAACAUGGACCUAGAUAUCAUAGAAGAGAGAUUGUGGAACGGGUUUUACUCAGAACCUAAACAAUACCUGAAAGAUAUAGAGCUGAUUUACCGUGAUGCAAACACAAGUGGUGAUCGUGAGCGGAUUAUUAAAGCGUCCGAAAUGUUUGCUAAUGCUCAAGUGGGCAUUGAAGAAAUAUCUAUACCUGAAUUCAUACAAGAAUGCAAAGAUACCCGUCAAAGGGAAGUUUUAAGACAAGAGUUGUAUUUAAAAGACGAAAAAGAACGUAUACAAAAGGAGAGCCUGAAGUCUCUAGAAGAAAGGACAAAUGGCCCAGUUGAUUCUUCAGUCAAUGAACAUUUGACUGGGGUCGACAUUGGUGCCGCGCAACAGUUCAAAUCAGAAGCUCAAGUAGGGUCCCUGGCUUUCAAUGAGCGCAAUGGAGUUGCAAAUUCUGUAGCAUAUAUUGAGAAAGGGGUUGACGAUGAAGGGAACAUAACUCCAGAAACAGUGGAAAACUCCUCUCCAAAGGCACCCGAUGUAUUUGAGGAUCCAGAUAAUCAUACACAGAUAGAUGUUGACAAUGAGGACCGCGAUUAUCAGUCUGAAAGGGAUCCAGAUACAAUUCAAAGCCUAUCUUCAGACCAUAAUCCUGCCUCGAAGCAAGAAUCAGAGUUAGAAUCAGAGCCAAAAUUAAGCCCAGAGCCUGAGUUUGUAGUAGACCAACGUUCCAUUGCACACAUACUCAAAAUUUUGGAAACAAAAACUCAAGGAUUCACUGUUGAACAAUUGGAAACUUGCUAUGCUGCUGUACUUGAAAUCAUAUGGGAAGCGAGACUAUCAUGGGACAAAACUGCUGUUAUAACAAAAAUUGAAGAGUAUAUAGGAAUGUGA